UUUGGUUUUUGACAUCGAAGAACCACUUUUUGGAUAAUUUCUCAUCAAUUACUCAUCAAUUAAAGCCUAAAAAGUUGAAACUCAACUCUUGAAAUCAUCGAAAAUGGCUGCAGCAAACUGUCCUGCUUCGUUAAAGCCGAUUUCUCACUAUUUGAUUCUCGCUGCGGAACAUGAUAAACGAGAUCCUGUUGUUGCAUAUUGGACUCGUUUAUAUGCCUUACAAAUCGGUUUGAAGCUCUCGAAGAAAGAAAAUGACGAACAAAUGUUCCUGAUUUCCAUCAUGGAUCAACUGGAGGCCUUCAAAAAGGAAAAUCGCGAUAACGAAGCAAUCACAAAUGAGGUUGUUGCUCAAGCACAUCUCGAAAAUUACGCUCUCAAGUUAUUCCAAUACGCAGAUCGCAACGAUCGUGAAGCGAAUUUCAACAAAAAUGUCGUAAAAGCGUAUUUCACAGCGGGGCGUUUGUACGAUGUGCUCGAAACUUUCGGCGAAUUAUCCACAGAAGUCACGCAAAAUCGUAAAUAUGCCAAAUGGAAGGCGACUUACAUCCAUAAUUGCCUUAAAAACGGAGAAACUCCCAUUCCGGGUCCCAUGGCGGGCGAAGGAGAUGAUGAAUUUGCUGAAUUAAUGGGAGGCGGAGCUGCGGGAAAUCCUUCUUUGCCGACGCCAGCGACGCCAACUGACAAUCCGGGACCGAGUAUUGGAUUUCAACCGGCGCCUGCGAACACUGAUGGAUUGGUCGAUCAAUUCGAUCCGUUGACAAUUCGUGCUCCGAGUCCUCCAAAAGAUCCGGAAAAGUCUCCCGGAGGUUUUAAGGCGUACGUGCCUGAUACUCCGACGCAAUGUGAAGCGUUUGAAGAGACAACAGCUGCUGGUUUGGGUCCCGAACUCAUGGCAAAAGCACAGAAAUACUGCAAAUGGGCAGGAUCUGCAUUGAAUUAUGACGACGUUCCGACAGCAAUUGAGAAUUUGCAAAAAGCUUUGCGAUUGUUGCAAACGGGACAAGAUGGAUAAAUGCGAAUAUUUUGAAGAUAUAUCGAAAAAAUAUGACGAUCAGGGCUUCUUUUAAAUUAUUUUUAAGCUAACACGCAAUAAAUGUGAACAAAUUUAAAUGA